GUGAUUCCUUAUAUUGUGGCUUACAAUCUUAUCAAAAUCAAUUUAAUAUCUUACCAAAAUCAAUCCGUUAACCAUUUGAGGAAUAAUAUCUUAACAAAAUCUUUCCCACUUUUGACGUGAAGAUAAAUGUCUAUAUCCCACCUUUCUCAAAACAACGACACCCAAGGCCGAGAAAAAAAUCCGGCUCUGGCGAAGAAAAAAGUAAAACCUCAAAAAGAAAGGUGUUGUAGAAAAGAAGAAGAGUGUGAAGAGGAUGGUGCAGAAGUAGAUGUACAUCUUCAAGUUUUUGAAGCAGAAUCCUUCACCACUGCAGCGUCGCACCGCAUCUUACCGCCUUCUGCCGACGAACUCACCACAUCCACACCAUGCCCUUCCCUACAGAGGUUAAAUUCAAUUAGCAGUGUUCGUCCUAGAUCAUCCGUACCACCCCUACAGAGAUUGCACUCUGGCAAGAUUUCGAUUGAGCAGCGACACCACCGCCUCAGUGCUCCUCAGCCACUCAGUCAGCUUCGAGUACCAGCGAAUUGUUGUUCGUCAUCAUCCCUACUGCUAAGACCGUGUGGCUCGACAUCGGUCUUAGCAGUAACGAUCCAAAUCAUUGGCCUCUCGCUUUUUAUUGUGGGAUUCUUUCCCGGUGAAGCCUUCUUUUUCUGGCAUGAGGAGCUAUCUGGUGUUCCUCCAUUGUUUGAUAGAUUAAUAAUUAUGGUUAUUGAUGGCCUACCAGCCGAAUUUGUGAUUGGGAUGGAUGGGAGCCUCCAAUCAUUAUUGGCUAAAGGAUUGGCAAUUGGGUAUCGCGCUAAGGCUACACCUCCAACUGUUACAAUGCCCCGCCUGAAGGCUAUGGUGUCUGGAGCUAUUGGAGGAUUCCUGGAUAUUGCAUUCAAUUUUAACAUGCAAGCAUUUCUGGAUGAUAACCUUAUUGAUUAUGUCAACAGUUGGCCUCUCACUUUUGCAUCUCUGAUCCAUGGUACAACGCAGUUUCGUAGAAUUGGCUGGAAAAUGGUGAUGCUUGGUGAUGAAACAUGGAUCAAGCUGUUUCCUGACAUGUUUGAUAGACAUGAUGGAUAUUUGUUCGACUCUCUGAAGGAUAUAACCGUCAUGAAAUGUGGUCACACGAUGCAUUGUGAAUGUUAUUAUGAGCUGAUAAAGCGUGAGAAGUAUUGUUGUCCAAUAUGUUCCAAGUCGAUCAUGGACAUGACGGGGACUUGGAAGAGAAUAGAUGAAGAGGUAAACGCUAUUGAUGUGAAUUCUUUGCAACGACUGCAAUGUACGGAAGUUUAUUUCCACAUAAUUGGUCAGAAAUGCAGUCAUUGCGGAUCGUAUAAUACUCGGACUAUUGCUCCUCCUGUUCUUCCUCAAUGAGCAAUUAAUAUUUGUUUUUUAAUUUUUUGGGCUUUUUUGCACUGCAAAACUGGUGCUGGAGUCUUAAAAACUAUCAAGGGACCUUUUGUUGCAUUAUUUAUCUACCAUUAAUGUGUGUGUUUGGACUUUAGCAGGCAUUACAAUAUUACUAUAUUACAUUUGUAAUGACAGUGUUAGUUGCCAAGUUUUAUUCUGAGCGCUAACCGGCAAACCGAAAAGCCAAGGCAAACCAAUAAAUUUGGUGUGGUUUUCUUUUUUAAUGUUAGGUUGGUUUUAUUUGUCAAUUAAAUCAA